GAUCCAAAGUAACGCGAAAUUCUGCUCUAUUUGUCUGCCUCGUUAACAUUUUUUUCACGCUUAAAAACGAGAUCGAUGGCACCCUCGUCCAUCCGGAAACAAAGAGAGGAACGACGCGCGCUGCGUCGCGCACCCCCCGCUGAAAGACAAAGACAGGACUAGGAUGACGUUACGAGCCCGGGAUGACAGCGUAGAUGGACUGUAAUAUAAGCAGCCUUCGUUUAAAAUCACGGCACGGAUUGUCGGUGGACUUUAUUUAUCGCUCACUACAAUGACGCGCCCGCACGCUCGCUCGCGCGUAGCAUGUCUUGACGAGUGGGAGAGACGCUUCGACUGGGUUCCUCCGCGGCAGAGAUAAGGGUUCUCCACAAUGGCGGGCGGUCAACAGCUUCCGGAGCAGUACACGGUGCCGCACUACGCGAGGAUCUUCCACAGUCUGCCGCAUCUGAACGUCUCUUUACAUUCGGUCAAUAAUACGUUCAAUCCCCACUCCGAGAUCUAUCUGGAGAGCCUCGGGAUACUGGGAAGUAUUCCUGCAGCCUGGUUGAUCUUAACUUUGCUGGUAUUGCUGGUUUAUUUGGUAACGAGAUGCUGCGACCGAAGGCCGCGCCCCAAGAAGUCGAUAACCGCGCUGAAGUGUUCACUAGCCAUCCUGGCGUUGGUCUGUAGCGCAGCGGUCGCUGUCGGUCUUUAUGGCAACGACGACGUGCACAACGGCUUGGUGCAACUCGUAGCAGCUGCGAAAAAUGUCGAUGGGAUCCUCAUGGGCGUCAGAAAUCAGACUGACACUAUAGAAGCGACUCUGAAGAAAAAAGUGCAGCCGCAACUAACUGCCCUCGGAGAUGAAUUCGACGCCCCGGUCAGCAAUAAAACUGUGCUAGGUUGGCUGCUAGCGGCACUUAACGGCAUGAAGCAAAACACGAGCAUCGCCGUAAAUCGGAGUUUCGAGAUACGAAAGCCCUUGAGCGGGAUCAGUCUUGCCGGCGCCAUCGGACUGGGCGAGAAGAUCGAACAGCUGCGAUGGCCUAUCACUAUGGCGGUCCUGAGCGCUCUACUUGUCCUCUGCGUGGUUCUGGUGGUCGGUGUUGCACGGCACUCCAGAUGUGUCCUCAUAACAUUUUCCGUGUUUGGCUUGUUUGCGGUUAUCGUCUCUUGGCUCAUGGCGUCCUUAUACCUGGCCACUUCUGUAGCUCUAGGUGAUCUCUGCGUGUCGCCCGACGGUUACUUGAGCAGAGCCGUGCCAUCGACCUUAGCCUCCGAAGUACUCUCGUACUACACGCAUUGCGAAAACACGCGCAGCAAUCCGUUCACGCAGAGAUUGCGGGACGCGCAGCGCGCGGUGAGCAGCAUGAGGCAUAAUUUGAACACGGUGACUCGAUUAGCGAUAGAACUGUUCAAAGAUCAGCAGCUCCAGCCGAAGCUCAGCAGUUUGUCUACAGACGUUAAUACCGUGGACAGACUCGUGUCUGGCUUAACCACGUUACUCGACUGUAAACCACUGCACAAGCAAUACGUUCACGCCGCCAAGAGUUUGUGUCACUUGGGAUUGUAUGGAUUGAGUUACAUGCUAGUAGCCAGUUUAGCCGCAGGUCUCUUGUUCACCGUAUUGGUUUGGGUGGAUUCUCAUACAUGGAUAUAUAUACGAAAACGAAGGGAUUAUCAUCAGGUUGACGAGCAAGAUCCUUACUUACCACCAUCGGCGGCGUCGCAGGCGAUAGCAGCAAGGACCCUUCGAGGCCAAGGGUCGUACCCGCCUACAGCCCCUACGCUUAAUUCGAAUGCUCUUGGCACUCAUAAUACGAUUAAGCAGCCUCUCUUGCUAACGCCGCCCCCACCGUCCUACGCUACUGCGACUGCUCGAGCACGUCAACUGCACGAGAGCAUGUUAAAAGGUGGGGGUGUUAACGGGAGCGGAGGGGGCGGGGAUCACAAAUCGUCUCAGCAUAAUCAGCAAUCAACGGGUGGACGAGCUGAGCACCGUUCUGGACUCGGAGAUCAACCUGGCCAGUACGCGACUCUGAGCAAGCAGUGCAAGACGCUAGAGUCUAGUAGAGAACCACCUUGGACGCCUAGCGUGGCGUCCUUCACCGGUACCCUGUCUCACAAUUCGCACGGACCCGCGCAUCUUGCUACUUUCCAGGACUCGCGUAAGACGCAAACGCUGGAUCCGAAGAACCUGGCCAGUCUGAAGAGGGGCCCGACUCCCGCCUGGAAUCAAAAUCGACCGCUUCCGCCGAAUCCCGCGAGUCAGCAGCCUACGUGGGAGUUCGAGUCGCGUUCACAGACUAAUAUGAAUCAGUUUCGUUCGUUGGUGCGGAACAAGGCGCCUAACAUUCGCAUUCAGGAUCAAAUGCAGGACCAGGUCAGAACUUUGGACAGGAAUUUCUCGCGCAGCCAGUUUAACGGUACCGCUCCGCCGAACAACACGGUGCCGAACAUGUACGGCACGUAUAAUCGCGCGCAGGGGAGGCAGGAGAAGCCGACGGUGGCUACGCUGAGUCAGGUACAGGGUAGCGAUCCUAAUCUGUACGCUGUAACGGAACUCUAAUCGGAAGAGGAUGCGGGAUCGUGAGUAUUCGCAGAGAGUAGAAGUAUCGUUUUUACAAAGAGAGUUUCGCCUUUCAACGAAACUCAGAACAUGCGAUUCGGAGUUCCUAUAAAAACCGAGAGAAGAAAAAACAGCGAAUUGAUUUCGGGGACCUGCGAAAAAAGUGAGAGAAAUGAGGCGGGGGGACGAAAAAAAAAAAAGAGUUUUAGAGAACUUAGGAACUUGUGUGAGACAUAUACUUUAUAUCCGAGAUUUUGUACUUGUAUAUCAUGUACAGUGAUUGUGGUACGUCCUUUCUAUGUUAUCCUCCCUCUUUGUUAUCGCGUUCUUGAUUAGACCGCGCGCGAAGUAUCCAGGGACAGGCCGGAAUGCAUACUUGAAGCGGCGACGUAUGUAUUUACAUUGCUUGUUGGCUGACUGGAAAGCUGCAUGAAACGAACAUGCACAAAAGAAACCUUCACACAAAGCUUUACAUCGAUAUCGUUUACAAAGAUACUGCUCGCUUGUUCAUUCUAAAUUAGCCGUUAAUUUUUCGUAUGACGUUUGACGUGCGAGGAGUCAGAUAUAUCGUGACUCCCGAAGGAGAUACCAAAAUACGAUGAGGGAACUACUGAGAUAUAACGGUUUUUUAUAUACUUUUUACAUUUUAACCGAACGAAUCUAUGUUGAAUUUUCCGUGAGAGAUAUUUAAUAUACUUUAUAUGUGUGUGAAAACGUAUACAUAUACAUCUAGUUACCGCACGAGUGUCUGGUGAUUUUUACGAGACUCUUUGGCAGAAUUCGAUUGAUUAUAGGCCACGCUCGAUACUGCCAAUGCUCAGGCGAAUAUACUUUUAAGUACAAAUACGAUGGUAGCACAGGCGUUAUGGGUUUUCAGUUUUUAUGUGCAAACGAAAAAUGGGCUGAAAAGGAACUGAUUGUCCGACAUAACGACAAAGGAUAUUUGGAAACAUACUUCCACAGGCGGUAUUAGUUGAAGAUACUCUUUUUAAAGACAGUAAGAAAAAUUAAUCUGUCGUAAAAAAAAAAAAACUGAAUCUUAUACUUCGUAAGGGUCGAGAAUGAAUUUUCUGCGGAGCGCAGUCUUCCUGAGACAUUCUAUAACACCAGAGAUAUACCGGGUAUCUGGCGAUUAUUCGGUACUCGUCGAAUCGGACGAUCGGGAUCCGAUUGCCGGAAGAGUAAUUUUGUGCCUGAAUAAUAGCCGGUUGGACAAGAGUUGUCUACUGUUACAAGUAUCCAACGAGUAUCCGAAUUGGCGAUUCCUCCUCAAUUGCCACCACGGAUGCCUGUCUCUGAUAAUAUUCGGUACAUCUCUUUCUCUCUAUAAUUGAUUACUAUCUAAAAGUUUGUAAGAAUUGAUAGAUUUUCAGUAAACGCAAAUGACUUUGUACUGGCAUCCGCAUAUAAUUCAGUAAGUCUGUAUAUAAAGCAGUAACACUUAAGAUUAUCGAGUAAACGUGAAGUGUGAUAAAACCGAAUCUAGAUGUUAUUACGGAUUUUGCGUGGAAGCAUUUUGCCAUUCGUUUUUUUAUUUUUAUUUUUUAUUGAACGAUUUAACCACGACUUUCGACGCGGAAAGGAAAAUCGUGCCAUUCCAGGGAAACAUGCAUUUAACGCAAACUACUUUCCAGGAUUUUCUUAGUGCUUGUGUUUAGUUGAGUAAAAAUCAAUUAUAUAUAAUCGCAAUACCGAGCAUUUUAAGAGGAGCGUGAAUAGCAAAAGAACUUAAUCCAAUGUAAAUAAUUGUAAUAUUUAUUACAGAGCGAUAGCUCGUAGAGCGAUAACUAGUAGCAUAUAGUUUAGUUGAAUGCUAAUUUAAGUUUCGACGAUAAAAUAUAUGUGAAUGUGCGCGCGCGCGGUGCACCGACCGCGUGCGCGUAAUAGGAAAUGAACGAAUAUCGUUUUGUUCGCUUUGGAGACGAAGAAGUAUCCUAGUCAGUAUAUAAAGUUGUGUACAUUCAGUAAUAAGAUCUCUUGCCAAAUUUUUAACCCGGCUCAAUUUGAGAAUAACCGAAAAAAAAAGGAAUAAGACUCGUAAAAAGAGAAAUCUUUUUUCUUAAAAACAUAUUUGUAUCGUCACUAUUAAUACGUACGGAAGCUAUAUUAGUGCGUCAUUGCCCCCGAUACAUGUUCUAGAUUUUAAGAGAAAAAUUGCUUAUCGAGAAAGUAUACAAAAUAAUCCAACUUCAGUGUUUUAACACAGAUAUGCGCUGUAUCCGUCAUACGUAGCUAUUCAUUGUACGUCAUGUUUACUUUUCGUACUUUGCAACAAAUAUUUUCGCUCUCCACUUCGUUUUCCGGCUCUUCGCGAUAUCGAUUUACGAUAAACGGACUUCAAUUUACGGUUCAAUUAAAAAAAAAAAAGAAUUCAUGUUUGAGUUCUCUUUUCUUUAUUUCAUAUAUAUCUUUUCUUUUUUAAUAACUCAUAAAACACUGGAGGUGGACAUCUUCAGAUAUUGUAACUUUGGUUACUCGAGAUUUUACAGCAAUGCGCGCAAAAACGGGAUCAAUAUAGCAUUGUUCAGAUUGAAAACCUGCAGGUAAACGUCGCUUGUCAGUCGGUGAAAAUUCUACUCGAAUAUUUCUCCACAAGGAGAGAUAUCCGAUCCGCGCUCAAUAAUCCAGAGCGAAAUUGGCGACGAGCGAGACUUACAGGCGACCAAAGAGCCCGUUUAACACGUAUUUUAAAAUAAUCUAGAACACAGGAAACGUUGUUAAACUCUUAAUAUGCGAAUUUGUAAUUUAGACGAUUGUUAACGGAACUUUUAUUAUAAAUCGUUUGUCAAUUUUUAUAGUAGAAACGAGAGUCUGAGGCACAUUGCACACCAGUUUUUCUAACGAGUAAAGCAGCAUUUACGUUUCUCAUCAUUUUUAUAUGGUAAACGUAAUGUGGUGUAAAAGAAGGAGAAAAGGAGAGAGCGUUUGCGUGACAAACACGAACAAAAGAGAAAAAGAGAUCCGGAUGACUGAGAGAGAAAAAGAAAGAGUAUGUACGCGAGUGUAUACGUCUAUUAUAUACAUAUGUGUAUGCGUGAGAGAGGAGAGAGAGAGAGAGAAAGAACGGAAACUCAUUAUUUUCAGAGAUAAUGGGAGUGAUGUAAUGAUAUACGACGUUGAGGAACUCAUUCGAAUCGGAGCAUUUUCUUGGCCUACGGCAAUUUCAUCGCAGAAUAAAAAAAAAAGAAAACAUAGUUAAUAAACGAAAAUCAAAAAAGAUCUCGCAGAAUUUGAUCACACGCACAUCGACAAAUACGGAUAUGUAAAAGAGAUAGGGAGAGAGAAAGGGAGGGAUAUGAACAACGGGAGACCUAAGCUUUUGUGCACCCUUCAAGACUGAUACUGGAUACGCCGAAGGAUCCAGGGCUCUAAUUUUCCGUAUAUUCGUAUAUUGCAUAAGUAUGUAAUAUUUUACACGUGUUCGGCAUGGGAUGUGACGGGACGGAACGUUUAUUUCUGUCAUAAAUAUUUGUGUGUCCACAUCGGUAUAUAUUUCUGUUCGAUUACUUUCUCGAUUUAAUUCCUGACGUAUCUCUCGCUAUAUCUAUUAGUGAAAGUAUAGAUAGUAUAUAUCUACAUAUAUACUAUCUUUUCUUCUUUGCGUAUUUCUCUCUCACUGCGCGAAAGAGAUUUAUUUACAAAGUAUAUGUAGAGGCUACUCGACUACUCCAGAGAACUUACGUAAGUUAUUAACGUUCUUAUUGCGUCUUUCUUUGUAUGUGCGGUUUUGCGAAUUUUGAUGUAAUAUAAAGAGACUUAUCUCGAGGAGAAAAUGUAGGAGAACGAACGAAGCUCGUUAAUCGAUACUACUUUUUGUAUAUUACGAUUGUGUCUAAUUGCCAUAUUCCGGAUUUAAUUCCUCCUAUUGUAACGGAACAUGAGUAUUAUAAAAAGAGAAAUAAAAACCUAAGAUCCACAA